AUGGCAGUCUUUCGGUCUUUCCGCGAUGAACAUCCUUUAAAGGAGUUUAUCUUCACAGCUUUUUUCCUCAGUACUAUAAUAAGUCUGGCAGGAGCUGUCACUAAGAAAGCCAUAAUUGACUGGUCACCAAAUGGAGAGCCAUUUCGCGAUCCUAUGCCCGAUCAUGCCGCUUUGGUCGAACUUCAUUUGCGGGAUCGAAUAGUAUUCGUAUGCGACAGCAAUGUCCCAGCUGUCAUCUAUAGAGUAUGUUCCAGUAAAAAAGUUGUUUUCUUUCUGCUAAUCAUGUUUUUCACAUUUUCUUUGGCUUCUAUACCUUUUUCUUUAUCGUGUAAACAUUCAACAAGUGCAGUUAUAUUGCCCGCAUAUUCUUUGGCUCAACUUUCCAACUAAUU